AUGGCACCCGCUCAAAAGAGAGAUAUAGCAGAAUAUUUGUUUGGAGAACUUAAUAAACAAGGAGAUGUCAUUCAAUCGAAUAACCAAGAAAGGCAACUACUGUCGUCUGCCUUGCAAGAAAUUUUGAAAAAGAUUUUGCUAGAGGCCAAUGAAAUUGCGAAAGCUGAACAUUCUGAAGCGGUCAUGCCUGUUCAUUUGGAGGAGGCAACAAGAAUUGUCUUGAAUAAGUAA